GCCCCGCUGCGCCGCCAGCCCCGCUCGCCCCGCGCUCGCCGCCGGGGCCGGGGCCUCCGCCGGACCGCGCCGCGCCGAGCCGAGCCGAGCCGCCACGGCGGCCCGGGGACCUGCCGUGGCCCUGAAUCCCGGCGCAGCUGAAGGGACUACAGGCACUUUAAAGAUGCGCGCGAGCGUGGAGGAGGAACUGGAGAAGGACAGGCCGAGGACGUGGUCCCUCGUGCAGGACCUUUCAUUCCUCUGUUGUAAAAGCUACUGACAAAAAUAAGCAGAGGAGGUAUUGCAUAAGCACCACGAAGUCAUUUGCCCGAUCUGCAUUUCUCGGUGCAUGAGAUCAGCUCAGAAUAUCUGAUAUGAGAAAGCUACUGGUACACAGCUGCUGUAACUGAUAGGAGUCACCUCUGUGAGUCAUCUGGUAGGAUGGUUCAGUGGCAAAUAUGAACAUUUGUCAACAUUUGACAACAACUUCUUGGGACAUCAUGAAUUUGCUGGAAUCUAGACCACAGAGCACUUGCAAUAGCGCUUUUUAAAUUUUCAUUUCAUUUAAGUGAAAGAAAAAUAAUCAUCUGGAUCAAUUGCAGUGAUGGCUAGCAAAAGAAAAUCCACAACUCCCUGCAUGAUACCAGUAAAAACACUGGUGCUUCAGGAGACUGAACUGGAUGCUGUAGAAGAUGAUCGUGAAGGAACACAACAAGAUGCUCCUGCGGAAGGGCCAGCAGCUAGUGAUGCUGCCGCCAGUAACAGUAAUAAUGGAGCUUUGUCUAACGGGCACCGCGGUAUCACUGAUAGUGACACUUAUAUCUGCAAGUCUUGUGACUUUGGAUCUCAAGACGUUCAGCACUUCUUUGGGCACUUGGACUCUGAGCACUUAGACUUUAGCAAAGACCCCGCGUUUGCGUGUGUUGCGUGCGGCUUUCUGGCAAAUAGCCAUGAAGGGCUCUCACACCACAAUGCAGAAUCACAUGCCGGCGAAACGAGCUUCAUCUGGAGGGUGGCUAAGCAGGACAAUCGUACAACUGUGGAGCAAAGUCUCUGUGAAGCUGCCAGCAGCCAUGACCUUCCGGGAGAGGUCCCUGAAGAAGGGGUGGAUGGCCAGUCUGAAAUUAUCAUUACCAAAACCCCCAUCAUGAAGAUAAUGAAAGGUAAACCAGAGGCCAAAAAAAUCCACACGCUGAAAGAGAAUGUGUCAAGUCAGCUGGGCAGUGAGUCAGAGGUGAAAGAUGGAGAGCAUUCAUUCCCAAAUGGAUCUGUGCCAGUCAGCCAGCCUACUGCAAGUUUGACAAAAUCAUCUCAUAUAGUGAAUGGCUCCAUCAUAGGAAACGUGCCUGUUCUGCAGGCGGGUGUUGCACAACUUGUGUCACUGCAGCAGCAACCCCCGUUGCAUCAGCAGCUACCUACGUCCAAGUCCCUUCCCAAGGUGAUGAUCCCCCUGAGCAGCAUUCCAACGUACAACGCCGCCAUGGACUCCAACAGCUUCCUCAAAAACUCUUUCCACAAGUUCCCCUACCCCACCAAAGCCGAGCUCUGCUACUUGACCGUGGUGACGAAGUACCCAGAAGAGCAGCUGAAGAUCUGGUUCACUGCCCAGAGGUUGAAGCAGGGCAUCAGCUGGUCACCGGAGGAGAUUGAAGAUGCCAGGAAGAAGAUGUUCAACACCGUUAUUCAGUCUGUGCCACAACCCACCAUUACGGUUUUGAACACGCCGCUGGUUGCAAAUCCCGGGAGCGUCCCCCAUCUUAUUCAGGCGACUUUACCCGGACACGUGGUGGGGCAGCCGGAGGGGACGGGGGGGCUGCUGGUCACGCAGCCCAUCAUGGCAAAUGGGUUGAAGGGCACCAGCUCUUCCUUCACCUUGGCGGUGACUUCUGUCCCCAAGCCACAGCCGGCGGCGCAGCACAGCACGGUGAGCUCCAGCACCGCGUCGGGGGUGAAGGUGGUCAACAGCGGACAGUCGCUGCUCACCGCCUGCCCGGCCAUCUCCUCGCAGACCUUCCUGGAUCCCAACGUCUACAAAAACAAGAAGUCCCAUGAGCAGCUCUCAGCCUUGAAAGGCAGCUUCUGCAGAAACCAGUUCCCUGGCCAGGCUGAAGUCGAGCGGCUGACAAAAAUCACGGGCCUUUCCACCAAGGAGAUUCGAAAAUGGUUCAGCGAUAGGAGGUACCACUACAGGAACGUGAGAGGCGGCCGGGCCGUCUUCCCUGGAGACAGCGCUCUGGAUUCCCUGCCCGAAAUAUCCUUUGACGUCUCGCCCAGAGGAGCCGAGCUGAGCCCGGCGGCGGCCGUGGCCGCACCGGUGCCUCACCACCCACCGCGGCGGCAGUCAUGGCACCAGGCGCCUGACUUCACGCCCACCAAGUACAAAGAGCGGGCGCCGGAGCAGCUCAAGGCCCUGGAAAGCAGUUUUGCCCAAAAUCCUCUUCCUGCGGAGGAAGAGGUGAACCGCCUGAGGGGGGAAACAAAGAUGACGCGGAGGGAGAUUGAUAGCUGGUUCUCAGAGAGGAGGAAGAAGAAGGUGGCAGAGGAAAAUAAGAAAGUGGAGGAGGCGGCUCGGCAGGAGGAGGAGGAGGUGGAAAAUGGUGCUGGGGAAGGGGAAGACUCCUCAGAUGAGCUGAGGGCCGCAGGCGAAAAUGGUUCGGUCGACGCCUCUGGCAACAACCCGAACUCAGUGGAGCGGAAAGUCAGUCCCAUCAAAAUCAACCUGAAAAACCUCCGAGUGACUGAGUCUAAUGGCAAAACCGAGUUACCUGGGGCCGGUGCAACUGAGAAAGGGGAUGGCAGCUCCAGCCGGCCACCCACCCCUCCGAAAACCAAACUGAACUUUAAAAAAACGGCCCAGCAGCGGCAUCUGCUGAAGCAAAUGUUCGUGCAGACCCAGCGGCCCACGAACCAGGAGUACGACGCCAUCGUUUCCCAGACGGGCCUGCCACGGGCCGAGGUCAUUCGCUGGUUUGGGGACAGCCGGUAUGGCUUCAAGAACGGGCAGCUGAAGUGGUAUGAGAACUACAGGCGGGGGGUUUUCCCCCCGGGGCUGGUGGAGGUCAGUCCUGCUGGCCGGGAGGUGCUGGAGGACUACUACGAGAAGCACAAGGGGCUGCGGGAGGAGGACCUGCCCGGCCUCUGCGAGCGCUCCCACCUCAGCGCCCAGCAGCUCAAGGUGUGGUUUGCGGUGAAGGCAGAGGAGGAGAGCAGGGCUGCCGUCCCCGAGGAGGCUUGCGCUGGCCAAGCGGCGGCCAGCCGGAAAGGGCCAUGCGAGGCUGGCUCGGAGGUGUCGGAAAGCAACGAGUCCUGGGAGCCGGGCGGCCAGGAAGGCAGCGCCGGGACCCCCGACGCCCCCGGCCCCCCGCCCGCCGCGCGGCUCGAAACAGACUGAACUCAAACCAUCAGCCCCGGAGGAUUCGCUUUUACCCUUGAGAAGGAAUUUUUGGUCUUGAAGAAACCCAUGGGCCGGCCUGAUCCAAACCUCAGGAGCAGGACGUGGUGAUAAAGCACUGCCAUAAAUGAGACCUUUGAGCACAGCACACGAGAGAGCACGCGUGCAAAAACUGGGCACUUAGUGCCGAGCUCUCGGUGGCCCGGCAGAGGAGAUGGCUGAGAGCUGGUGGAGGCAAGGGCUCAGCUCACACCCAGGAAAUAGGAUGCUCUUGUUUGCUUUUCGGUGGACAGACUUUCAGAUUUCAUAUUCAUAUACCAAUGCCUACAGCUGCCUAUACAAGCAUAACUGAAUCUCAGACAUUGUGUAAACAAGGUCAUUGCUUAGAUAUGGACUAUCAUGGCACAGUACUUCUUCCUUUUUUCUUUUUUUUUUUUUUUUUUUUUUUUUUUUUGUCUGUCCGUUAAGGUGUUUGUUCUCUAAAGGUUGGCAUGGCUGCAUAUAUCCUCUCUGCCCUUUCUGGUCCUUAAGCCCUGGAAAUGAAGGGCUUUGCAGGCACACAAGCGUGUUAUGUGUGUGUUAGGAAAGGAAAGGUAUCUGAGAAGAAAACUGCCAGUCUUGCAUUAAAGUCCAGUGGGUGUUGAGUGAGAUUUUCAUCCCUACAGAUGAGGUUAGUUUUAGCAUUGCAUACUCUCCCAUAAGUAGCAGGUUCCCAGACCCAGACAACCCAGGAGAUGGAGUUUGGUGCCAUUUGUCCCUUGCUGGCUAGAAUAUUUUCCUUGCGCUCCUGGAGACUGACUGUAGCAGGCUAUUAAAUCUCCAAGUCUCCCUUUAAUCACUGAGAAGUAGCACAUAAUAAUUUUUCCAUCCUGACCUGGAAUCCUUUUCAUUGUUCAGAGAGAACAAGCUGUUCUUCAGAGAACAAAUGCAGAGAAUAUGCAGCGUUGGUGUGAGUGGUUCAAGUCAUUGUUGUCUCCAAGGGAUCCGUGAGGCAGCAGCUCUUCUGCAAUCAGGAAGUUUCCCUCUUGCAGCCCUACAUGACAGCUCCUCCUGCAGCAGCACUCCUAACUUGAAGUGUUUGCUCCAGUCUUUUUUUUUUUUGUCGUAUUUUUUUUUUCCCCAGUCCAUCUGCAAUAGUUCUGGCGAAACAGCAAAAUAAAUUUCCCAGUUAACCUUCCUGCUUCCCAGUACCUGUGCAUUUUUAAUGUGCCCUUCUUGUCUUGGGUGGUUGCUGUGUGAUGCAACUGCUUGAAGAUUGUUUUAAUAUUCUUUUCUAAUAGAAAACAAGGUCUAGAAGGGAAACUCUUGAGCUGAAUAAUCCAGCCAAAUGCUGUGUCAGACCAUUCUGUCACAAACUAAUCGAAUCCCAGCUCAAAAUUGGUUCCAUGUCUUGCCUUCACUUUUGCGCUUGGAAGACUAUCCCAGAACUUCACUGCCUUUGAAUGGUUAGAAACUUUAUUUAAAUUUCUAGUUUGAAUUAAUUCGUGGCCGGUUCAUUCCUGGUUUGUUUUGGAGCCAACAUUGUCCUUUAACUUAAAUAGUUUUUGGUGUUUAUCCGCUGAUGUAUUUAUGGAGAGUAGUCAUAGCUCCUUAUUUUUGCCAAGCUAGCUCAGCCAGGCUGUUUCAGUAGAAGGUUUUUAUUUAGUGAGAGCUUUUUAAUGUGGGAGACUUUAUUGUUGGUGGUAAAUGAUAUUUAUUAGAAGGGUGGGUAGCAAGCCCCAAAGGAUCGGAUCCAGAGAUUUACAAAAAAAAUCUGGUUUAAAAACAAAAAAGCUCUUUCAGAACCUCUUCCAAAGAUGGUGUCUGAUUUCUACCUUUAAUUGCCCUUGUUUUUCCAAUUCUUUCUUCCUCCCUUCUUUAAGAGGCUGCCUUGCUCAACUACUAGGAGGGAUUUUAUCUGCUCAGCACUUUGCAAGAGAGGGGGGGCUUCCUCUUGCCUGGUGGUACGUGCCUUCGGGGUAGGUGCCAGCGCCUGAGCUCGCGUACCUCCCCUGGCACACGGUGUAACCCCCCGUGGCUGAGUGCAAGCACCUGCUUCAGAAGAUGACCUGCACCCUAAAGAGAGCUGGGGCGACGCGCUCAUAUGCAGACACCCGCUCCCUUGGCAGUCAGACGAACCUUCCCCAAAACGCUGCGAGCACGGGUGUGUCGACCCGUAGCACCCUGCUGACACAGGCUCCCUGAAUUUCUUUCUCUUUAGAAGCGCUAUUGCUGGUCAUGGCGUGGUUGGAGGCAUAAUCGGCAGCCAUCCCACCUCAGCCUUGUGUCUGCUCAGCCAGGCAGCAUCCCUGCGGCUCUCCACCAGGAAAACAGGGGCGGCCACACGACAAAGACAGCCAGAGCCCCAGGGGUUCACCCUCGCGGGUGCCAUCCUGCGCACCCCAAAAUGUCACAGGUGAUGGGGGAAGCUGGGUGGCCCUAGAGCCAGAGGUAGCAGAUGUGGGAGUUGUGCGGCCCGAGAGUGUGAGUGUAUGUACGGUGUUACCUUCAGAGAACAAAUACAGGUAGAUCAUUUACUCUCUAGUGUCUAUGUACAUGCAGGUUUAUUUAAGUACACAUAUAUACAGUUCAGAUAUGCCAUUGAUUCUUUAUUGCAUUAAGAUGUACAUUAAAAAUGUACACUUUUACUAACUACUUGCUAUAUAAAUAUGUUGGAAGUGUAGUUUGCCCGUUCAAGGUGAUUUUCUGUGGGAUUUUUGGUGUACACUUUAAGGCCUAUGGCUAAUUGGAAGAGUGAUCCCCACUCCAUCUACAGAAAUGCUUAAGGACUAUAGUAUGAACUGGUCCCUUCAAACCAUUUUUCCAUGCACUAGCUGAAAUAUUUUGCACUUGGAUUGUAUUUGGCCAGUUUUCCAGAAAAAUUGAAAAGAGAAGUCUUGUGAGCUAGAGGGAGAAUUUCCCGGUGUACACAGAAAAAACAGCCUUGAGGGUUGGAAGCUGCUGAGGUUUUUGAGCUUUGUCUCCAUGCAUUCAUACAAGCACAGCAGGAGUUUUCUUUCUUUUGGGUCAGAGGAAUUUUAAAAAGUGGUUCCAUGCAGACUCCCCUCGGACGCGGUGACCGGGCUGGCAAAGCACUUUGCGUGGGGAGGGUAAGAUUGAGAGACAAAAACUUCAAAAAGUAAUCGAGUUCCCUUUCUAACUCCCACAUUCCUUGUUAUCUUCCUUUUUUUAGUUGACUUGAAAUCUCCAUGGAAGUAUAAGCUGAAGGAUUUUUGAGGGUUUAGCUCUGUGGUCCUCUGUUUCCCCAUUGCGUUGUUUUUUGAAGCUGAGGAGAAGCAGGUGCCACCUCCAAGUAGACUCAGGUUCUGGUGCAGGACAUUAAAAUAUGUUUGCAUCUGGAACUGAAAGGAAUAAUUGAGAGGUGGCUUGAGAGUCCCAGCAGCAGUUCCUCUGGUGUUAAGAGGAAGCAUCACCGCAGUUCUACACAGCGUGUGCGAAUGUUUAUCAUCAUCUAAUCAAAGAUGACUGUCUUGACUUGAAAGGAGGGGUGGAAGUUAGAAGUCGCGUAGCCAGCAUCAGGAAGGAAGGGAAAUAAAUUCUUCACCUCCGUCUGCUGUGUGUGAGCUUGGGCUUGACAGGCACAGUAGUAACCGUCGGUUUUAAUCCCCGUGAAUCUUGUUACUUAUGUCUCUGAGGCUGCUUAGAUUAAGGGCACAAUCCAGUUGCUUAAUAACCCGAAACCCUGAUUUGUGCCGUACCUGGCUCGCUCAUGUGAAGGGCUGCUGGUUCUCCUCAUGCAAGGAACAGUUUCUUUAUUCAUUAUCAGCAGGCCCUGCCGUGAGAUUCCUAGACAUGGCUCUGUGUUUCAUUUGGGUAGCUUAUUUUUCAGCUCCUUAAUUAGCAUCCUGGAAUUUUUUUUUUUUUUUUUAGCAGAACACUAAACAAACCAUGAUUUACAGGCUCCUAUUUCCACUUGCCUGAGAGCUGAGCGCCGCUGCACGUCAGGCCUGCAGCCACGGCGAGAGGAAUGGGGGCAGGUGCUUGCUUCGAUGUACGGCCCGCAGAGCUCCAACCACAGGUAUAUUUAGUGCAGCUGCGUGUCCCCUCCCUGCCAGGGGCUUGCGUUGGUCACCAGGAGAAGCCACCAGCAAAAGCGGUAGUUGCUGGCAGCUGUGAUGAGAAACCCCAUGGUCAGCCCACAGCUGAACCUUCACCUGCCUGGGCGACGAUCACACAGAAGCUGGAGCUGCAAGAUAUCUGGUCGGUUAAUCUUUGCUAGGUGUCCCCUGUCUGUUCAGGAGGAAGAGGAGGAUGUAGAAGGCUGGGUUUCCAUUUAGAGUUUUGAGUAUAUAUAUUUUAUUUUUUUUUUAUGAGAAGCAACAAUUUUUGAUCACAGGUAGAAGUGUUGUUUUCUGUCUUCCCUGCAACCCCCUCUCUUAGCAAUCUCAUCAGAAGGGGAUGUUUGGAAGCUGAGUUGCUGGGAAUCAGAAGAGAAAGAUGAUUUUCAGCACUUUGGCACAAAUCGGAAAGUUAACAUGAUGCUGCACCUUCCCGUCAAGUUGUUAGUAAAAUGCUUGUAAACUUCUCUCUCCUGUUGCCCGGAUAAUUUUGGCUUUGCUCUUUUCAAAUCAAAUCGGUGGCCUGACGUGAUUGAGCUCACUGCAGUAGCCUUUUUUGUAAUUUCUCAGUUGAUCACAAAACCAGCAGGGUAAGAUUAGGCAACACUACAAAUGGAGGGCAGGGCGGGUGAGACACUUGCAAGCUGUACCUUUUUUUUUUUUUGCAAGUUUAGUUUCUGCUGUAUCUUUUACUGGCAGUGGUCCCUGCCGGGAAUGCUGGAUUGGCAUGGCAAAACUUUAAAGCAGAGCAAGGGAGCUCUGUUACCUAAGCAGUGAUUUAUUUUAUUAUUAUUUUAUUUUAUUUUCUUGUUAUUGCCUGUUCCAGUAAAGAGUGCUCUGUUGGCUGAUGUUGGCCAUAUUUUGAUGGCACAAUUAAAGCCACGGUUUUUUUUCCCCUGUCCUGAUGGAGGGUGGUAUCAGGAGGACUCUUGCUUACUGGUGCUAGCGAAGGUUGGGCUAGGAAUCCAUGGCAUAGAAAACUUCUUGCUAAAAAUUGCACUUUCUCUCUGCCCCAUCUGGCUCGUGGUGGUGUUAUGGGUACGUGGCUGUGAUUCCCCUUGCACAUACUAACAUUGCACUAAAAGAGAGACUUUGGGAACAGCGUGUUGAUCACUUUGUUUCUCAGCAGACCACAAAGUCAGCCUAAUGGGGUCUCUUUUUUUUUUUUUUUUUUUUUUAAUUAUU